AAAUCCAUUUUGAUUUUAGUGAUCGAAGGCAGUUUAUUACAUUUUAAAACCUCUGCAGUUGAAAAAUUUGCUGUAUUUUCUAUACCAAAAUGGGCAGAAAAUCAUUGAAAGGAAAAGAAAAGAAACUGAGAAGAAAAGAGGAAGUUGCAAAGAUUAAUGCGUCUCAAGCAGCUGUGGAUGCCGCCAAUGAGGUUGAAGAUCCAAUUCAACCACUAGCUGCUUUCAAGAAAUACAAUCGCAAUGGACUUGAUCUUGAAGUAACAUGUAGAAGAGUGACAGCAAUGAAUCCAGAGGAAGUGCAAUGGGUAUUUGAUCUCACCAAGCGCAACAUGGAAGCCCUCUAUGAAGAAAGUGAUUGGGGCUGGAAUGACAAGAAAAAGAUGGAUGAAAUGACUGAGGAGAAAGCGUGGUAUUUAUUAGUAAAUGACAAAGAAGGAAAUAGAGUUGCUCUGUCACAUUUCCGGUUUGACUUGGAUGAAAAUAUGGAUGAAGUUCUUUACUGUUAUGAAGUCCAAGUGGAUCCAGCACUUCAUCAUAAAGGUCUUGGAAAGUUUUUAAUGCAGAUCUUAGAAUUGAUUGGUCACAAAGCACAAAUGAAAAAAGUUGUACUUACAGUAUUCACAGACAAUAGCGUUGCCAUCAACUUUUUCAAAAACUGCUUAAAAUACCAGGUAGAUGAAACAUCGCCAAGCUUAUGGGACCCAGCAGAAGAAUAUUGCUAUGAAAUAUUAUCAAAGCCUCUGAUUAGAAAAACAACAGACAAACCAAAGACAGAAGCAAGUUAGCUAUGUCAAUAUUUCUGAAACCCUAGAGUCUUACUGCUGCCUUUUUGAAGUAUAUUAAUAGCCAUUGUGCAUGAGUACAAAUCUACAGCACAAAGCAUGAUGGGAAACCGAGUCCUAACACUUCCUUUAACUUUUCCCUUGAGUAAAUGUAUUUCAGCAGACAAAAAUAGCAGAGUAAUCUUUUCCCUGUUAAACCCAUUUUUGCAGUACUCGGUUUUCCAGAGUGCUUUACCUAUACAAAGUUGGUAAAAUGCAAAAACAUAACACCAGAUGCCCUUUUGGCUGUGGUCAGUGGAUUUCCCAAAGUAGCUUGACCCUUACUAUAGGCAACAGUCUCUAAAGAAACAAUACUACCUAAUAGUCAACAAACGGCUGAUCAACGCCCAACAUACUACUGUCAAGUGGCCAUUAAUCAGCUGACAGUCUGUUACAGUCUAUUACCACAAUUAAGUUUUAGAAAAUUUCAUAACGAAGUAAUUAUUUCACAUCAUUGUACUUCAGUAAAGCUUGACUGUAAUUAAUUGUAACAAAAGAACUUUGCUCUAAUAAUCCCCAUAGAGUGCAUGCCAUAUGUGUGUGGAAAAAAUUACUAGCCAUGUAGCACUUAAGUAUUUAGUUACCAGCCACUUAGUUGUAACAUAACUAAGAAUUUACUUGGGCCUCAACCAAACAAAGAUGCAUUUUUCUGCUCCUGUAACAUCCCCUAUUUUGUACAAAAUUGCUGCAAUUAUGCAAUACAUCUUUAGUCUUGUUUUCACAGAUAUAUGGUGUGCACUCUAUAAGAAAAUCUGUUGUACAGUAGUCAAGCUAAAUGUUAUUGAUAUAAACAUGACAGAUUAUCACCAGCGUUAACUGUCCUUUAUGAA